AUGGCGAUCAUAAUCUUAGCACGUCUUUCGCGUUGCAUCACAAGUUACCUGGUGGCAAUAGCAGCGGCUGAUUUCCUUGUCAUUAUUACUGCCGUGAUUCUCAACCGGAUUGGACGCAUUUUUUUCAGCUACAGCGUCCUUUCUACCACACAUGGAUGCACCAUUACUGCUGUCCUGGUGUAUGUCAGCCGGGAUGGCUCAGUCUGGUUGACAGUGGCCUUCACCAUUGACCGUUUUGUAGCCAUCUGCUGCCAAAACUUGAAGACCAGAUACUGCAACGAGAAAACUGCGGCAUUGGUCAUUGGAAUGGUCUCCUCCCUCAGUUGUAUUAAAAACAUCCCUAUCUUAUUCAUGUAUAAGCCCUUGUAUAGCCUGGAUGGUGUUUCUUGGUUCUGUGACAUAAGGUCUGUCUUUUACACGUCACUCGUCUGGAAAAGCUAUGAUUGGUUGGAUCGAAUAUUAACUCCAUUUCUCCCCUUUCUUCUUAUUCUAUUGCUUAACACCCUAACCAUCAGAUAUAUAUUAGCAGUAAGUGCAACACGCAAGAGACUGCGAGGUACUGAGAGUGGUUCAGAUUCAGAGAUAGCCAACCGUAAGAGGUCCAUUAUUUUGCUUUUUGCCAUUUCGCUCAGCUUCCUCCUUCUAUGGGUCACGUACGUUAUUCAUUUUAUCUACAUAAAGGUUAGAGCAGAGGGCUACUUUAACACCCUUGAUUUCACCGAUCCUCAGUACAUACUUCAAGAAACUAAAAAGAUACUUCAGUUACUCAGUUCCUGCAACAACGUGUUCAUCUAUGCUGUAUCUCAGACCAAAUUCCGAAAGGAGCUGAAAUAUUUGAUGCUCUUUCCCUUCACUACUGUUAUUGGACGCUUCAAGUGGUGA